UUAGCGAUCUUGCAAAAAUUUUAAUCUGUGUUUGGCUCAGUGGUUUUUUCUUCUGUCGAAUUCCUAACCAAACACAACCUUGUUUUCUCAGAGUUAAACCGGACCAGGUACAAUUGGAACUGGAUGCAUCACGUUUCGUGAGGGAGGGACCCACAUGCAUGGUGUUACAAAUGUCACGGCGAAUAAUUUUCCGAGAGAGAGAGAGAGAGAGAGAGAGAGGGACCGCGCGGUGAAAUUGGAAACUGGAAGGGUCAAAAUUCAAGACUGAACACUAAAGAGAGGAAAGUAAUGGUGUUACAAUUGCAGCCGCACAGUUUUCCUAUUCAAAGAUAAAGACCCCAAACACUUUUAUGGAUUGAUAUCUCAGCAACAAGCAUAGAGCUUUUUCCCUUUUUUCAGGAGGCAAGCCAAGAAGCCAAGCCCAGUACAAUUUCAUGGGAACAGUCUUAGACUCCCAUUUCUUAGCUCUCACGGCCAUUGUCACUGUGGGGUAUCAGUUGUUGUUCUUCAUAAUCACUGCUCUUCUCAAGUUCGACAAAAUCACUGACUUCGCCGGAAGUACCAAUUUUGUUAUACUUGCUAUACUGACUUUGGUUGUCAAGGGCUCAUGGCAUUUUAGACAGGUGGUGUUGAGUUUGCUUGUGGUAAUAUGGGGUCUUCGCCUGGGACUGUUUCUAUUGAUGAGGAUUUUGCAAUGGGGAGAGGACCGGCGUUUUGAUGAAAUGCGUAAUAAUAUAGGAAAAUUGGCAAUUUUCUGGAUAUUUCAGGCUGUCUGGGUAUGGACUGUGAGUUUGCCUGUAACAGUUGUUAAUGCAAGCAACAGAACACCAUCGCUCCAAGCUGAGGACAUAAUUGGAUGGAUCAUAUGGUUUGUGGGUUUUGCAGUUGAAGCUACAGCUGAUCAGCAAAAACUGACGUUCAAAAGUUCUCCACAAAAUAGGGGAAAGUGGUGCAAUGCCGGACUAUGGAAAUACACUCGACAUCCAAACUAUUUUGGCGAGAUAUUCCUUUGGUGGGGAGUAUUUGUGGCUUCCACACCUGUAUUAAAAGGUGCAGAGUGGCUGGUGAUUCUUGGACCAAUCUUUCUCACAUUAUUGCUUCUUUUCAUCAGCGGCAUACCGAUGCUUGAGGAGUCUGCGGAUAAGAAGUUUGGAAAUGUGGGCGAAUAUAGGCUGUACAAAAGAACAACUAGCCCUCUCAUUCCGCUACCCCCGGUUAUAUACAAGAACUUGCCCUUGUGGUUCAAAGCAACUUUUCUCUUCGAAUUUCCUCUCUACAGUCGUACUCUUCCUCGAGAAGAGCCAAACUGGUGUAGAACAAGCCGGGUAGAAGGAAGCGAUGGAUUGAAGAUUGGCUAGCCUAGAACUUGACUCUUUUGUAGUACUUGGAAUUAUCAUAACUACAGUUGAAUGGAAUACGACUUUUUAUUAUUAUUUA